ACUGCGGCUACGAGGAGAGUCACUGAAGGCAACCUGCCUACUACUUUUGGGGACACUUUGAAGUGUGACUCUCAUAUGUGCAACUGUUUACUCUUUUCUCAGGCUGAUGAGGCACGGGGCGCUCAAUAAGUGCCAUGUGAAUUCAUGUUGACUAGCAAGGCAAGGCAUGCAGAAUGCACUGAUACUAUGUAAACGCAUUCGAGAAUAAAUCCGCUGAGAUUUACACUCAUUUAACGGGAUCGUACAAGUCCUUCAGAGGGCAGAUAUAUGUUGGGUAAAGGGGCAAAGCGGAAACUAGAUGAGGAUGAAGAGGGGCUGGAAGGCAAAGCGUUGGCGGCAGGGGCCGGAGCGAUGGCCAACGGGCUCUCGAAGGUCUCCUACACCCUGCAGAGGCAGACCAUCUUCAACAUGUCUUUGAUGAAGCUGUACAACCACCGGGCCCUCACCGAGCCCAGCUUGGAAAAGCGCGUGCUCAUCAACAACAUGUUGAGGCGCAUCCAGGACGAACUGAAGCAGGAGGGCAACCUGCGGCCGCUCUUCUUCCCCCCUUCACCUCCUCCCGACGACCCCAUGGAUGAAGGUUUCCGCGAGGCGCAGCCUGCUUUCAGCGUGUUGUCCAUGGUUGCUCCACCGCUGUCCCAGUCACCGGCUCUCUCCUCUCCGGUCCUGACAUCGCCUUCGCUAGUGCUGUCAAACCCAGCGCCUUUGGAGGCCUGCCUCACCCCAGCUUCGCUUUUAGAGGAGGACAGUGUCACGCUUUGCACAUCACCCUCUCCGCUGGCUCCUCCUCUUCCGCCAACACUUCCCAGACUCCCUUCAGCUGUAGCCAGAGACAGCUUCUCUUCUGCCCUGGAUGAGAUUGAGGAGCUCUGUCCUUCACCCUUACCUACAACUACAUCAGCGCCUGGUGCUACCUCCCUCUCGUCCCUUACAGUGUCCCUCCAACUGCCGUUGUGUCCCCCCAGCUUAAACUCAGGGGCCUUGGACUCCAAAGACUGCAGUAAGCCCUGCAGCCCAAAGCUUGAAGGGCUGGUCCCGCUGCCUGAGGAACACUCUGCGGUCCCUAACGCGCCAGAGACUCUUCCUCCUAACAGCCUGGAUAUGAGCACCUCACCCUCCGCCUCGUCCUCGGGCUUUCUGACAGACCUGGCCCUGGACGACAUCCUCUUUGCAGACAUUGACACUUCCAUGUACGACUUCGACCCUUGCACCUCGUCCUCGGGCACGGCCCCCUCGAAACUGGCUCCUAUGGUGACUGCUGACGAGCUCCUCAAGACUCUUUCACCCUACAGCGGUGGCGCUCCUGCUGUCAGCUCGAACCAGCCUUUCAAAAUGGACCUCACCGAACUGGACCAUAUUAUGGAGGUGCUUGUGGGAUCAUGACCGGGUUUGGAAGGGAACUAAGGAAGAAAUGCAAAAUCAGUCAAAGAGUUUUUAAAUAUGAACUGAGAACGAAAACUGAAUAAUCACUUUGUGAGUGUUUGGGGGCUUUUUGUACAGUUUUUUGUUUGUUUUGUUUUUAAAAACAAAUGAAAUUGUCCAUUUUAAUGGUGAUGUUACCCAGUACUACUUCUUAACACUGUGCAUGCACUGUGCUUGCCUUUCCCAAAAAUGAACAUGAAGAAAUCUUACAGAACACACUUUGGCUUCUGGCUGAUCUGAGUGCCUUCAUCAUUUAUGACCACUUGCUAAAUUCCUGUUUGUUUGUCUUGUCUCAUUUUCCUCCUCAUCAUUUCUAAUUGAACCAGAUGGAUUAUUAGAGGAGUAGCGUCUCUCCCCUUCUCAGCAUACAGGUGCAAGAAUUUGCAACAGCAGCCUAUUUUCAUAUUUUUCUUUCAAUUUCACGAAGCACAAUGAGAGCAACUUGGAACGUUUUUUUUCUAUUCAAAGCUGUUUUAUUGCUUUUUAGUAAUA